CAAACCGCAAGCGGAAGAGUCAAAGUUCAGGAGCUAGAGCCAGCCGGGAGCCUGGGAAAUGGAAUACCCCUACAUAACCAAGAUGCUGAGUUCGUCCCUGAGCUCGCAGAACGGCACCUGGUCAGACACCGUCUCUCUGCUCUUGGCUCUUGGCGUUGCUCUCUACUUGGGCUACUACUGGGCAUGUGUGCCCCAGAGGCCUCGUCUGGUGGCUGGGCCCCAGUUUCUGGCCUUCCUGGAGCAACACUGUCCAGUCACUGUGGAGACUUUCUACCCCACACUGUGGUGUUUUGAGGGACGGCUACAAACCAUCUUUCGAGUCCUCCUGCAGUCUCAGCCUGAAGUCUCUUACCGGAGUGAAGUCCUCCAGACCCCAGAUGGAGGCCAGUUCCUUCUAGACUGGGCUGAGCAGUCUAAGAGCAGUCACUACCUGGACCCUACCACCCAGCCCAUAGUACUGUUGCUUCCAGGCAUCAGCGGCAGUAGCCAGGAGCCAUACAUCUUACACCUAGUUAACCAAGCUUUGAAAGAUGGCUAUAGGGCUGUUGUGUUUAAUAAUCGUGGCUGCCGAGGGGAAGAACUGUUGACUCACAGGGCUUACUGUGCCAGCAACACUGAAGAUCUAGAAACAGCUGUGAAGCAUAUAAAGUGCCGCUACUCCCAGGCUCCACUGCUGGCUGUGGGCAUCUCUUUUGGAGGGAUACUGGUGCUCAACUACCUGGCACGGACAGGGAAGGCUGGAGGACUGGUAGCAGGACUGACAAUGUCUGCAUGCUGGGAUUCCUUUGAGACCGUUGACUCUUUGGAAACCCCGCUCAACUCACUGCUCUUCAAUCAGCCCCUUACUGCUGGACUCUGCCGGCUUGUGGCCAGAAACAGAAAGACAAUUGAAAAGGUGUUGGAUGUAGACUUUGCGAUAAAGGCCCGCACAAUCCGCCAGCUGGAUGAGCGCUACACAUCUGUGGCUUUUGGGUAUAAAGACUGUGCUGCCUAUUACCAGGCCUCAAGCCCAAGAACCAAGGUAGAUGCCAUCCAUACCCCAGUCCUUUGCCUCAAUGCAGCAGAUGAUCCCUUCUCCCCAGGCCAUGCCUUCCCUCUGCAGGCCGCUCAACAGUCUCCCUAUGUUGCACUGCUCAUCACAGCUCGGGGGGGCCACAUUGGCUUCCUGGAAGGACUGCUGCCCCGGAAGCACUGCUAUAUGAACCGUGUCCUCCAUCAGUACGCCCAAGCCAUCUUCCAGCACUACAUGGAGCUGCCUGACCUUGGGGCACUCACUUCUGAAGAUGGAAAGAGCUGACAAGAGAACUGCUUGGGGGGGAGGGGUCUCAGUUCAAUCUUUCUUUGUUUAUUAAAUAUCAACUCUUCCCACCUAA